AUGCGGGUUCUGGCUGUCGGCGCCCCCGCCACUUUUGACCCCUCCGAAAAGCUGCCCCUCCAGGAAUUUCUGACUCACGAGAACAAGUUGCAUUGCAGUGACGAAACGCCCGACAAUUGCUCGCGUUUGUUCGCAAUCAUGGCGACCAACGGCACCCAGACAAAAGACGAGCGCUUGGCGCUGAUCAGAGAGAACCUGGCUGAGGUGCUGAACCAAGAGAUUCUUGAGAAGAUCCUCGAUGAGGGCCGCAACCCAAAAAUCUACUGGGGUACCGCCACCACGGCGCCGCCGCACUGCGGCUACUUUGUGCCGGCCAUCAAGAUUGCGCAGCUCCUCGCCGCCGGAUGCGAGAUGACGAUCCUCCUAGCCGACAUACACGCCUUCCUCGACAACCUCAAGGCGCCCAUCGAGAUGGUGGCGCAGCGCGCGGAGUACUACCGCUUCAUGAUCACGGCUAUUCUUGAGGCGGUCGGCAUCCCGACGGACAAGCUCAAGUUUGUGCUCGGCAGCUCCUACCAGAAGACACCCGACUACGUCAUGGACGUGUACCGCAUGGCCUCGGUCGUGUCGGAGCACGAUGCCCGCCGCGCAGGCUCGGAGACGGUCAAGCAGUCGGCCAACCCCCCGCUGAGCGGCCUGCUCUACCCCGUCCUCCAGAUCCUCGACGAGCAGUAUCUGGAUGUUGACGCACAGUUUGGCGGCAUGGAUCAAAGAAAAUUAUUCAUUGCGGCCAAGGACUGGCUGCCCAAGCUCGGUUACAGAGAGCGGGCUCACUUGAUGAACCCGCUGGUCCCUGGUCUCCAGGGUGCCAAGAUGAGCUCCAGUGACCCCAACAGCAAGAUUGACUUGCUCGACACCGAGGACGCCAUCCGAAAGAAGAUUAGCAAGGCCGAAUGUGCCCCCAAGGUUGUCGAGGGUAACGGUGUUCUCGCCUUCACCGAGUACGUGCUGCUUCCUGCUGCCGCCCUCAGGGGUAAGAAGGAGUUUGUCGUCUCUCGCCGCGACGACACGCCCCUGGUGUACACCAGCAUCGAGGAGAUGCACGAAGAUUACAAGAACGACAAGCUUACACCCCAAUUUCUCAAGCCCGCCGUUGCCCAGGCGCUUGUCGAUCUCACUGCGCCUAUCCGCGCCGCUUUCGAGAGCUCGCAAGAGUGGAAAGACAUCACCCUCAAGGCCUACCCUCCACCUUUACCCGAGAAGAAGGUGAAGAAGGUCAAGGACAAGGGAAGUCGAUUUCCCGGCCGGCCCAAGCUUACCGCUGACGCGGCUGAGGGCGCCGUGGCGGAGGCCGACGCGGCGCCAGCUGCUGCCGAGCCGACUGCAUAG